AUGGAGAAUCUCAAGCAAUGCGAGCGAGAGUCAAAGAGCAAUACUGAUCUGGAGUGUCCAACUACCCGGGAUGACGAUCUCCUUGUUGCUCCGAUUCCGUUCAGUGAGCAGCUCAAGGCAGUCAAACACCAUAAGCGUGCUAUCAUAGCUGCGGUUUCUAACAGCUACGCAACAGCCCUCGCAUGCACGACGACCCCUAUUCUCAUUGGAUACGACCUGACCUUGAUUGGUUCAAUCAUCGCCAACACUGAGUUCAUUAAGCAAUUUGGCGUCUACGAUCUUGCGUCGCAGAGCUGGUCACUCCCCGCCAACCAUCAGCUUGUGUGGUCUAUUGUCCAGUAUACCUCUGCCAUGGCGGCUGCCAUCUUGUCUGGCUCAAUGAAUGACAUCUUUGGGCGUCGGUUGUGCUUCCUAAUUACUGUCACACUGACUAUCAUCGGUACUUUUGUCGAGCUAUUUUCUACAAAUUGGAAAAUUUGGGUCGUAGCCAAACUCUUCAUGGGGGCAUCUAUGGGCUCCAUGCAAGCGAAUACGCAAACUUUCGUGUCCGAAAUCACACCAACAGUCAUUCGAGGCCUAAUUCUCUCCCACUUUCAAUUCUGGAUCAUAGUCGGCCAGCUCAUUGCAUCAUGUGUCCUCGAAGGAACAAGCCAUGUCAGCAGCUUGUGGUCCUGGCGAGGAGCCGUGGUAUCCCAGUUUGGGCCCGCCCUAUUUUGUUUGGUCAUGUUUUUCGCUUUUGUCCCGGAGUCGCCAUACUACCUGGUAUCGUGCAACCGCCUUAGUGAUGCAAGAGCAGCACUUGCCCGCCUCCGAACCCCCGAAAUCAAUAACACGACACUAGAGGCCGAACUUCACCAAAUCCAAGUAACUUUGCUACAUGAGCGCCAGUCCCGCGCCACCGACUCCUCCUCUUAUCUCGAAUGCUUCCAAGUCUUCAAUCUUCGCCGUACCCUACUCGCCUGCCUGCCCGUCAUCAUGCAAAUCCUCACAGGUUUCCCGCUCUGCGGCAAUUAUCUUUCUUACUUUUUGACCCUAUCCGGCUUUAAGAACGCAUUCUUGAUCACGGUCAUCCAAGGGAUCAUCUCACUCUUCGCUGCUCUAGCCGCCUUUAUUUUCAUCGAGCGCGUUGGCAGGCGCCCCCAAAUGCUCACAGGCUCUUGCGGUAUGCUGAUCUGCCUCCUCAUUAUCUCAAUCUUCGGCUUCGAGGGCCUUGGACAAGAUUGGAACUACCGUGCCCUCGCAGCUUUUUGCAUUAUUUGGGCUUUGUUCUACUACGCAUCUGUCGGUGCAGUCGGGUGGGCUAUCGUUGGCGAAAUCUCCUCCUCGCGGCUGCGGGCUAAGUCCACCUCGAUUGCAGCGCUCACACUCUCACUAUUUAACAUGGCUUGGUCUAUUGCGAUCCCAUAUCCAGUGAACCAGGAGGACGCCAAUCUGGGUGCCAAAUCUGGAUUAGUUUUUCUGGGCUCAGGACUCAUUUGCACGAUUAUCUGCUGCUUUUGUUUGCCGGAGACAAAAGGGCAGUCGUUUGAUGUACUGGAUGCCUUGUUUGAAGCAGGGACGCCAGCGAGGAAGUUUUGA